CGCCCCUUUAUACCUGGUUCUCAGCCUUCUUGGGGCUGGCCUCAGCAGGAGGCUCCUCCCUGGUGCUGUCUAGCCCUUCUUUUAUAGGUACUCUACAAGUACCAACUCCGUCUGCUGACUAGUGGAAAACUUUCCCUACUGCUCUCACUGCCUCCAAGGAGGUCCUUGAGGCCAACAGCCUCUCUCUACUUCGUGGUAGUCACCUUGACAACGCCUCAUCCCCACCAACACCUUCAAAGCUCGAAGCUUCAGUAAGAUCUUCAUUGGCAGGAAAUUGGCAGGAAAUUCAUGCCAUGUCUGCUGUUGCAGAGCGGGACCUUGGAUUUCCUGACCAAGAGCAAGAGGGUGGUAGGAUGGAUCACGAUGCUGGACAAAGUGUCUUGAAUGUGCUCACAAUCCAUGAGGCUGGUGAUGACAUCGAUGGAACCACAGGAUGUCUGGGUUCACAGGUAGUCUUGAGAGCCAUUCUGGGGGAAGAGCUGGGGCAGGAGGAGAUAUGGCCCGAUACUGAGGAGAUCUGCACUCAUGUGGAAGAGGUCUGGCCUGAUAUCAAGGACAUCUGGCCUGAUGUCGAGGACAUCUGUCAUAAAGUCAAGGACAUCUGGCCUGAUGUAGAGGAAACCUGGCCUGAAGUCGAGGACAUCUGGCCUCAUGCCGAGGAAGUCUGGCCUUGUAUCAAGGAUAUCUGGCCUGUUGUAGAGGACCUCUGGCCUGAUAUCGAGGACAUCUGGCCUGUUGUAGAGGACCUCUGGCCUGAAGUCGAGGACAUCUGGCCUGAUGUCGAGGAACCCAGGCAUUCGAUCCAGGACAUCUGGCCUGCUAUGGAGGACAUCUGGCCUGAUGUCGAGGAACCCUGGUAUUCUAUCGAGGACAUCUGGCCUGCUAUGGAGGACAUCUGGCCUGAUGUCGAGGAACCCUGGUAUUCUAUCGAGGACAUCUGUCCUGCUAUGGAGGACAUCUGGCCUGAUGUCGAGGAACCCUGGUAUUCUAUCAAGGACCUCUGGCCUGAAAUCGAGGACAUCUGGCCUGAUGUCGAGGAACCCUGGCAUUCUAUCAAGGACAUCUGGCCUGAAAUCGAGGACAUCUGGCCUGAUGUCGAGGAACCCUGGCAUUCUAUCAAGGACAUCUGGCCUGCUAUGGAGGACAUCUGGCCUGAUGUGGAAGAACCCUGGCAUUCUAUCGAGGACAUCUGGCCUGCUACCGAAGACAUCUGGCCUGCUAUCGAGGAAAUCUGGCCUCUUCUCGAGGAAGCCUGGCCUGAUAUUGAAGAGGACUUGUAUGUCUGGAAUAGCGACCAGGAGAACGAAGUAGUUCAGGAGGAAGCUGAAGAAGACCAGGACUGCAAUAAUGAAGAAAAGGAGGAGGAAAAGGAGGAGGAGGAGGAGGAGGAGGUGCAGGAGGAGGAGGAGGAGGAAGAGGAAGACAAUAAAGAUGACAACUAUGAAUAUGAGAAGAAAGGAGAAAAUGAGGUUGAGGAUCAGGGGAAGAAGAUCAUCCUGCAUGUUAUUGAGGGCAAUGAAAGCCAUGGAUGAAGAUAGGAUCAAUUAAUCCAUUCUUUGUGGACUUGAGAUCAUCUAACAUUCUUUAUCAUGUGGAAAGUUAUCAUCAGUGUUCCUAUUCUAAUAUUCUUCAUCCAAAUAUAUUUACUUAAACCUUCCCCUACUGUU